AUGGUGCCAGCGCCGUGGACAUGGAGUGGUAAGCAGCAGCAGGAGUCCAAGCAAGAUUGGAUGUGCAAGUUUUGCACGUUUCGUCGGACGGGGGCUCCUCUUAUUAACUACAGGAUUAACGAGAAGUGCUACAAGUGCAAGCUGCACAAGGGUGUGGCAUUCAAGCGCGUCGCUCCCUCGGACCUCCCCAGCAGGAGCAAGCGCAAGGCCGACGGCACCAAUGAUGCAGCUGCCGCCUCAUUCGCCAAGUUGGAGAAGCGCCUGCAGCAGCUGGAGGCCGAGAACGCUAAGCUGCGUGGUUCGCCUGACACAGGCGGAGGCGACGCGGCAGUGGAGACUAAUGAGUCGGAAGAGCUACGGGACGAGAUCGACGGCCUCGGCAAGCAUGUGCAGCGGCUAGAGUCGGUCCGCUCCCCGUGGGCGGUGUUACCGCUCAAGGCUGCUCGUGAGCAGCUGGAAGGAGCUCGUCGCAAUCUGUAUGAGAACAAGCCCUUGCCCGCGAAACUCACGGCCUUGUCGCGCCGAGCUGAGCAGGCUCGCAUCCGCUACCAGAAGGCGGAGCAGGACAAGGCGGCAGCGGACCAGAAGCUGCUCAAGGCGCAGGGGGAGGCCAAGGCAGCUGCUCGGGUGGUCUUGGAGCGCCAGAAGGUCUGCCUGCAGCUGGAUGAGGAGGUGCGCGCUCUCGCAUCUUCGCAGCCAGCUGAAGAGCCAGGGCAGCAUCAGUCCAUGGACCUCACGGGCCCAGAGAUCAAGUUGGACGGGGCCAAGUUGCUUGCAGCGCUUGGUGAGAUGGAGGGAGUCGCCGGCGCCAGCAAGCUGGCGCCGAAGCUGGCUGAGGUGCUCAAGUCCUGCGCAGCUGAGCUGCUGGAGGAGCCGCCCGACAGGCGAGCCCGCGUGGCAGCGAGCGGUGGUCAACCAGCGGAGCCGCCCCCAGCGGCAUGGAACAUCGACGCGAUCGAGGUGGAGCAGCUGCGCGAGCCCGUUCCUGUUCAUGAUGUGGAGUCGCUCGGUCGGAGUUCUACCUGCGCAGCGCUUAGCAAGCUUCAGGUGGCUGGUGACAAGCAGCCGAUCCAAUCGUUCGGGGUUAGCACGGAGUUCACGGUGGUGUGCUACAAUAGCAAUUCCUGGGCCACGGCGCAGAGUUUCAUGGAGUGGUGCGUGCUGGACCAGUUGCUGCAGGCGGACAUUUUCGUGCUGCCGGAGCUGCGCCUCACAGCUGGGGAGCAGAUCCUACGCGCCACCGUGUGCGAUCACUGGCAGUUCGGCUUUGUCGACGUCUAG